AAUAACCGUAACUUGGAGAGAACAAACGCAACCAGCCAUCGAAAAACAUCCGCUUGCUUAAAUUCAGUUAUUUUCUCAUCAACAGUUACACUUACACCACUAUAAAGGAAAAACUCAUUUCUCUUCUCACCUUCGCCCUCAUUUCGACAAAAAUGGAAAACCAGCCGACGAUCAUGGUGACCAACGAUGACGGUAUCGACGCACCAGGACUGCGAGCGCUGGUUCAGGUCUUGGUCUCUACCCGGCGAUUCCAGGUCCUUGUUUGCGCUCCGGACUCGGAGAAAUCAGCUACGAGCCAUAGUAUUACAUGGCUUGAACCAAUUGCUGCUCGACGAGUGGAAAUUGAAGGAGCUACUGCCUAUGCAAUUGCUGGAACUCCAGCUGAUUGUACUUCUUUAGGAAUCUCCAAAUCACUCUUUCCUAAAAUUCCUGACCUGGUAAUUAGCGGCAUAAACAUUGGGAGCAACUGUGGUUAUAACAUUGUUUACUCAGGAACAGUCGCUGGUGCUCGAGAGGCCUUCAUUAAUGACAUACCUGCAAUCUCUGUAUCAUAUAAUUGGUCUCGAGGUCAGAGCAAUGUUGAGAACUUCACUCUUUCUGCUGAGGCUUGCAUACCAAUAAUAACUGCGGUACUCGUUGAGAACAAGAAUAAAACUUAUCCUUUAAGGUGUUUUUUGAAUAUUGGUCUUCCAACAGAUGUUGCUAAUAAUAAGGGGUAUAAGCUGACCAAGCAGGGUAAAAGCAUAUAUGAAAUGGGGUGGAGCCAAGUUACUUCUGACAUGCGAGGAGGGAAAAUGUUAUCAACAAUGACAAUGGAUACGGAUUCAACUGCACCAAUAGAGACUGGUGCAUUAAAUUUAUCACGAGACCAUCUUUUGUUCAAGAGAGAAGUAUUAGAAGUGAAACUUAAUGAAGGUGACAUCGAUGAUGCGGACUUCAAAUUUCUUCAGCAAGGAUAUAUUACUGUAACUCCCCUUGGUGCCCUCUCCCAUGCAGAGAUAGGCUGCCACUCAUUCUUUAAAGAUUGGCUGCCAAGUGUUGGAGAACACCCGUCCGAGUCGUCCUUAUAAUCCUUGGAAUCCGUGCCCAGUGAGAACAGCACAACACAAGCCUUUUCAUGCAGGGCUGUUGCUUUUCAGCGGAUCAAAAGGGCUUUUUCAACAGCAAGAGCGGACGAACUGAUUCUUUGGGCUCCUUGCGUAUCUGAUGCAAUUUUUUUUACCUGCCUCCAGCUUACGAUACAUGCAAUUGCACUCUUUUCCAAUAAAAAAUGUCAUAAAUGCUCUGAAAACUUUAUUUAGCAAUAAGAGCCCGUACUAUCUGUUCCAAACCCGUUGGUCAAAAUGGUAAUAAUUUGUGUGUUUGCUUCAA